AUGAGGAUCUCUGGUGAUAAACACAUGGAUACAAUGGGUGGCGUGGCAGGCGUGGUGGUGGUGUGGUGCGUGUUGGCGUGGGCGGAAGGCGUGGUGAGCCAGCGCGCGCCCUGCUACCACUGUGACCUGCUCAAGGAUACACACCCACAAGCCACCUCCUUCACCGCGACGGACGGACGGACGGACGGACGGGUCAACAGAGAAGACAGUCAACAUUAUCUACAGGAGAGCGGGAAGUUCAGCGCACACUGUGUAUACCCGUGCGGAUGUGGCACUGUGCCGGUGUGCCGCCCGGGAGUGCCAACGGUGCGGGACGGGUGUGGUUGCUGCUGGCAGUGUGCAGGACAGGCUGGGGAGCUCUGCGACGGUGCCACCAUCUGCGACGUCUCCAAGAACCUCACCUGCAUCUACGACACCACCCAAGAUCUUACUGGCACCUGCCAAGAGGUACAGCCAGCCAAGUGUACCGUCAACAACCGCACCUACGACGACGGUGAGAACUUUACCCUGGACUGUCGCACACAGUGUACCUGUCAGAACGGGACGUACGCGUGUGUGUCGUUGUGUCCCAGUGAGAACAUCCCGCCCAGUGCCCAGUGCCAUCACCCUCACCUGGUCACGGUGCCUGGCCAGUGUUGCAGGGAGUGGAUGUGUGACACAGCUCCAGGUAAGGUGGUGGGACCCCCGGACUGCGAGAGAGUCUCCGGCAGAUGGUCGCGGUGUUCGCUACAGAAGUGCGGCGCUGGCGUGUCUCUGCGCUGGUCAACAGACAACGCUCGCUGUCAGCUCGUCAACCAGACUCGUCUGUGUCAGCUACGCCCGUGUCAGGACCGACGUCAACAGCAGCUGACCUCGCCCUACCUCCAACCCGGUGCUCACCCCCCCACCAGGAAACACCACAUCAGGGUCAGUUCAAGAAAUUAGUGUUACGCUAACUUUUAUUUUUUUUCUUCUUAGUGUAAGCGCUUAUGUAGCAAUAUGUGGCCCCGCAAAAAUGUCAUGUUAAUCUUUGACACCAGACAUCAUUUUAAACCUUGGAACCUGUAGAUUAAAUAAAUAUAUGGUGACAUUUUUUCUGAUUGGAUUUAAGGUCGUAUUUGUCAAGAGAAGUAAGCGAGGAAAAACUAGCUCACUGAGUGUCUAAGUUCAUUACAUAAAAUAUCAAAAUCAUAAGGAUUACAAAAGAACAAAACACCAUGAUCUCUCUACAGCUAUUGUCAGUCGUCAAUAUGCUGAUGAACAGAAGCUGCACAAUGUUAGUGCUGAAUGUAAUCCAUUUUGUCAGUAAAACGAUGCUCUUUUAAACUUGCUAACUGAAGCUGUAAUGACAGAAAAUGUCAAGUAUGACAUUCUAUGUUCACAUGAAGUUGGAAGACAAAUUUAUGAAAAUUUUGUCAAUUAACGCAUUGUUGGUCCAGUAAGCAUCUGGGAAAAGAUGUCCAAGGUUAAUCUUCUGUCAUGGAAAGCAGCAAACAAGACUUCAACCAUCAAAUUACCUUCACAAGUUAUAGAACUUAAGCAGGACAGAUCUUUGUUUGCUAGACUUCCAAUCAUCGCAAGAUCCCGUGAUGAAAUUAAUCUACAAGAGGCGAUUGGCAUGUAUGAAUUCACUUGUCUGCCAGGAUCUCUCUUCUCCCCAGAUGGGUCUGUCCUUAUUUGCCAAGACAAAAGCAAGCUCAUGGGUCUCCUUGAAGCAGCUCCAAAAAGUGAAGAGUCUACUGAUGUUCAAAUCGUCGCAGAUCCACAAAAGGGACCAUGUCUUAAGACUCUCAUCAUCGAUGGCAUAGCAUUAGUUCACGAACUGUCAACUUCGUCAAAAAUUUGCUGAGUUUGCAGACCACUUCAUCAAAACAUUAGCAGCUAAGGCAAAAAGUUAUAGUGCUUUGCACCUUGCCUUUGAUCGUUAUGACGUAGGCCACUCGUUAAAACAAAGAACAAGAAACCGACGCUAUGGCAAGGAAGCAAAUGCAUAGUUAUGAAAUCACAGAUUCAACACAGAUAAAAAUCUCUUAAGUAGUUACUCACCAACGGCAAGACAAAAUCAUCAUUGAUCACCUAUCUAGGAAACAAAGCAUUGCUUCUGUUUCACUCACGCAAAACCUCAUUUGUGCUAUCAACCCCAAAAAAACGGUGUUCAGUUAAAUGGAAAAAUGUUGAACAGCUGAAAAGUAACCAUAUGGAAGCAGAAGGUCUGCUCAUUAUUCAUGCCAUAUAUGCAUCACAGAAAGGCAAAACUGUACAGUCCAUAUCAUGUCACUAGACACUGAUGUGUUUGUUCUAGGCAUAUCAAUGCAGCCCCAACUUGGGGAAAAUGCAAGUAUGAUAACAGAAACUGGUGAGCGACGACACAUUGUUUCUUUCAUGUUCAUAUACGGUGCUAUUGGGCCAGACAUUGCAGAGAGCCUUUCAGGUUUCCAUGCCUUCACAGGAUCUGACUGCACAUGUAAUUUGCUGGCAAAGGAAAGAAACCAUGUUGGAGCAUAUUUUAUGUUACUUUGGACUUAAUGGUAAUACGUUUGUGGAUGACUACGCUGCUCUUUGAUAAUACUUCUUUAAUGGCAUAACGUUUAUAAGGAACCG